AUGCGUCUACAGUCUGUGGGGGUAAAAGGAAUUUUGAAGUGCGGCGAUAAGCCGGCAGCGAAUGUGAGAGUCAAAUUAUGGGACGAAGACGAUGGACCCGAUCCGGAUGAUCUUUUGGAUCAAGGCUACACCGACGCUAAAGGAAACUUUAAACUGCAGUUUGUGCCUCUCGAAAAAGGUGUUGACCUCUUAGAAAACAAUAAUUUGUUACGACUAGAAACCCAGGGCUCAGAACGCGAAGCCACGAACAUCGACCCGGUUUUCAAAGUGUAUCACGACUGCGAUGAUGGAAUUAAGCCUGGUCAUCGUAAAGUGAAGUUCCGCAUUCCAAGCUCAUACAUCACGAACGGAAAGAUACCGAAACGCAUUUUUGAUAUUGGCGUACUCAACCUUGAAACCAUUUUUGCGAAGGAGGAGCGCGAGUUUCUAUGA